AAUUCAAGAUCAAAACUUUCCUUUUUGGGACUUAUAAUAUUCAGCGCAAAACCAUAACAAUAUACUAGUUUGAAGCUUGAACGUAAUAUCGAUAUAAGCAGUUCCAAAAACAAAACAAAACAAAACAAAACAAAAGCUCUUUCUCAUUCCAUUUUGUCUUUUCUUAAAUAUCUGAGCUAGCCAGUGGCUUUCUCUUCCUAUCUAUGAUUGAAAUUAUGCUGUGCUCAAUGAUGAAUGUUUCAGCUCUAUUCUACUUUCAGCUUUGCAGUUACACUCUGUAGAUUUAGGAAAUGGGAUGCUUUGUAUCGACUCCGAAAGACACGGGCGAGAACAGGAGGCGGCCAGCAAACAUCGGGGAGGUUUCUGUGUUCGUCCCAGGCCUACGGAUCCCUAAACCGGUCAAUUUCGCUCAGUCACUGGGAAAUAAUGUAACUAAGAGUUCAGUGGAACGCCUUUCGGCUCUUAGAAACAGAAUAGUGGUUAUGGCAGGGCAUGAUGCUCCGACUAUUACACGAACCAGAAGAAGAACGGCCAGCCAGCACGGGAGAUCCAUUUUACGCGAUCUUCUUAAGGCGCUUGAAGAAUAUCUGCCGGUCCUUUUGGGGUUGGUUAAAGAUGGCAGUCCAUUGCAACACAAAGUGCAAUUUUCUUGGGUUAAUCAAGAGGAUGAAGUGGAGGAAACCACAAUGUAUAGUGCUUGGUAUGAAGUAUUAUCUGUUCUGCACUUUAUGGCCACACUAUUGUUAUCACAAGCAAAUUUGUUGCUUCUUCCAAGAACUUCCACUGAUGGAUUUCAGCCAAAGGUAUCAGAAGAGAACAGGCGAUCUGCUGUUGAUAUAUUCUUAAAGGCAGCCGGGUAUCUUGAUUGCGCUGUUCGGCAUGUUCUUCCACAUUUGCCCAUUGAACUGAGGAGAAAUCUUCCUGUGGACCUCGCUGAAGGAGUUCUACGAGCACUUUGCCUCCAAGCACUUGGCCAGGGUGUUGACAUUCAGCUUGGGCUUGCAAUUGAGAAUAGCAAGGCCACAUUGGCUGUCAAAAGGAGACUGGCAUGUGAGAUGGUCAAGUACUGGCAGCAGGCCCAAGAUAACAUCAUGAACCUUCCACUAGCAAAUGGUUGGGGAGAAAAGCAUAGGCUAUUUGUCAAGUGGAAAUACAUUGAAGCUAAGGCUGCUGCUUACUACUACCAUGGUUUAAUACUUGAUGAGGGAAACACUGAGAAGUCUCAUGGAAUGGCUGUUGCUGCUCUGCAAGCAGCAGAUGAGUAUCUCAAAGAGAGCAAGAAAACUGCUGAAGCUUUUAAUUUAUCUGUUCCUGUCUCUAGGAACCCUCCACUUUGGGGAACCAUCAAGUUUCUGUCUGAAAAGAUUCCCAAGGAUACUUCAAGCAAGGUGCGAAUCAACAGGGAUCUCUUUUCUCAUGAAAAAAUCAUGGAGACAGCGCCAACGUUGCCGGACUUCGCGUUGGCCCUCAAGCCGAACGAAUAUCAGCUUCCUCUCGUCGAUGCCUCUUGGGAGGAAGAACCACUUAACAAGUCUAACAAGCAUAAAGGGUAGAGGGUUCCAGGGUAGAGGUACAUAUCAUAUAAGCAUGCAUGGGUGAAAACCGGCUCAUCCACGACAGUGGAAUGAAAAAUUACAAAUUCUUUCCCUUUGAUAAUUAAAUGUCUAUUACAUGAGACUAGUUAAGUUUUGUCAGUUACAUUGUCAAAUAACAAAAAAACAGGGAUAAUGAUGUCACUUCAUCAAUCUUCUCCACCAUUUUCUGUGCCUUCUGAUCUCCUCUUUGCUUCCUCUUGUUCUGCACAGCACACAAUCAAUAGGAGUGCAUUCUAUUUAGUUGCAAAUGUAUCAUAACAAAAAGGAUGAAUAAGAAGAGAUUGGAAAGUUUUAUCA